AUGACAAAGCCCGUGCUGCUCGCGAAUGCUUUCGCAGCAACCUGUCUCUUCGCUUCAUAUGGGGCGACAGCUGGCUGCUCAGCCCUGUACGGGCAAUGUGGAGGGAUCGGCUGGACUGGAGCGACAUGCUGUGCCACUGGAUCUAGCUGUCAGUAUGUGAACGGCAACUACUAUCAGUGUCUCACCUCAACCACCCCCACGACCUCAAAAGUGUCUACAUCCUCCACAACCUCCACCCUCAAAUCCAGCUCAUCAUCCUCGACGACCACUGCCUCUGCAAGCGCCUCCUCGACUGGCGAUCGUCUCCAAUAUGGUGGAGUCAACAUCGCGGGCUUCGAAUUCGGCAGCUAUGACACUUGUGGCAUUCACACGGCACAGCCAGAUGCUGAUCCCACCGACUUCGUCGCACAGAUCAAACACUUCGUCGACGACGACAAGCUCAAUGCCUUCAGGCUUCCAGUGUCGUGGCAGUACCUCAUCAACCAAUUUGACGGUAGCUCGUUGGGGACCAACAAACUCGACUCGAACAACUUUGCAACCUACGACGACUUGGUGCAAGGGUGUCUUGACGCAGGAGCCUCGCUCUGCAUUAUUGAUAUCCACAACUAUGCUCGAUUCAAUGGAUAUAUUAUCGGCCAGGACGGUCCGACUGCAGCCCAAUUCGCCAGUCUUUGGAGUCAGAUUGCCACCAACUAUGCUUCUGAGAGCCGGGUCGCGUUUGGUCUCAUGAAUGAACCGCACGACGAAUCAUGUAAUUCCGCAAACGGGGGUGUCAUGGACAUCGAUACCUGGGCGGCGACUUUGCAGACGGUAGUGAAUGCCAUCCGUUCAGCAGGCGCAACAUCUCAGUUGAUCAUUAUGCCCGGCAAAGGUUGGACUCAUUCCAUCACAUACCUCGAUGCGAGUGGCGACGGUUCGGGGCCGGCGUUGAUGGGCAUCACGGACCCUGCGGGUGGAACGUCGAAGCUGGUGUUUGAAGUCCAUGAAUACCUCGAUUCCAACAAUGCUGGCUCGAGCAGUGACUGUGUCACGAGUAGCAUUGACAGCUCUUAUGGCCGGGGUGGUCUCCAGAAUCUGGCAAAUUAUCUCCGAUCUAAUGGCCGAUUUGCGAUGAUCACGGAAUCUGGUGGCCUCAAUAAUGCCAAUUGUGCUACAUAUCUUUGCAAGGAGCUGAACUUUCUUGCUAAUAACACGGAUGUUUUCCUGGGAUACACGACUUGGGCUGCCGGUGGGUUCGAUUCAAGUUACGAGUUGACAGAGACACCAACUUUGAGUGGAAGUACUUGGACGGAUACGUCGCUGGUCCAAGCAUGUGUUGCGAAAUGCUUCACAGGAACAUGUUGA